CAGGUGGCAAAGAUGAACAAAAUAAUUUGUCACAGAAUAUGGACGAAAUAUCAACAAUUUCCGAACCUAUUGACAAUAGUAUCAAAGAAAGCUUUACUGGUGGUCUCGAAAAUCAAAAUGAUUUCAGGUAUUUGACCUCUUUUAAAAAUUUAAGAACUCGUAGUUUUAGACGGCGCAAGUAUAAAUGUCAUUAUCUAAGCAAUGAUAAUUGUCAUAAUUGUGCAGGGUGAUAUCCCCCUUAGCUAUCGCAACGAAUAACACCGUUCAAUGGACCAAUCCCCAAUUAACCAAAAUUUUGAACUCAACAAGUCUAGAGCAUCACAAAAUUAGUAAUAUUCCAAAGUUUCGUUGCAAAAUGGUGUAAAAUGCAGAUAAUAUAGCCUUGCGAAGUUUGUAAUUUUCAGUCAUUUUAGAUUAUAAACGGGAAAUGGUUACCACUUCUGUGCGUAAUACAAAAUGACUAAAAUUACAAACUUCGCAAGGCUAUAUUAUCCGCAUUUUAUAAUUAUAUAACAUUUUGCAAUGAAACUUUGGAAUAUUACUGAUUUUGUGAUGCUCUUUCAAGCUGUAAUGAAAUUUUUGUUUAGGCUAGUUAAGAUCAAAAUUUUGGAAAAGUUCAUGGCAACCAUUUCCCGUUUGUAAUCUAAAAUGACUGAAAAUUGCAAAUUUCGCAAGGCUAUAUUAUCUGCAUUUUACAACAUUUCGCAACCAAACUUUGGAAUAUUACUAUAAGUGAUGCUCUUUCAUGCUAUGAUGGAAUCCUUACCCUCUUUGUUCCUUUCUAAUACAAGAUCACUCGUUAAUAAAAUUGAGGAUCUGGAAGUUGUCAUUAACCAAAACGACGUGGAUAUAGUUUGUAUUACAGAAACUUGGCUGACCAAUAAUAUUUCCAACUCAGUAGUCGACAUUAGUGAUUACACGCUAGUACGGAAAGAUCGAAGCGCUGAUAAACGUGGUGGUGGUGUUUGUACGUACAUCAAAUCAUCAAUUGAUUUCACAACGAUUGACGAACUUAAUGAUUCCCCAUUUGAAUCUCUUUGGGUAUACCUCCGUCCGAACCGACUCCCACGAGGCUUUUCUUGCCUAAUUAUCGGUAUUAUAUACCACCCACCACAAGACGAUGAUGCUACUUUUACGGAUCACCUAAUUUCAUCUUUGGAUGCUGCUUUGAACAAAUAUCCUAAUGCUGGAAUUAUGUUGGUUGGCGAUUUUAAUCGUUUAAAUUACCGAUAUAUUAGUAACCAUUUUAACCUGCGACAAACCGUUAAAAAUCCAACACGCGGUGCUGCAAUCCUCGACCUAAUUUUCACCAACCUGUUUCACCAUUAUAGCACUCCUCAAAUUCUACCCGAAAUCGGCUUAAGUGACCAUAACUCCCUACUUAUUCGUCCUUUAAGGAGAACUCACAAAGAAUCAAUUUUUAAAAGGAAUGUAAAGCCAAGCAUGAAGUCCUGUUUUGGAAGAUGGUUAGCAUCUACUGAUUGGUCAUUCCUUGAAACACUAUCAAACUGUACGGAAAAACUCGCUGCUUUCCAAUCUUUGCAAAAUUUUGCUAUCGAAAUUUUCUUCCCACUGCGAAAAAUCAAGCAACACCCAACAGACAGGCCUUGGAUUACUCCUGAACUGAAGAGUCUAAUCCAGCAACGACAACAAGCAAUGUCCAAAGACCCUCCUGUUUACAAAAAAUUGAGUAAUAAAGUUAACAGGUUAAAUAACAGUCGUAGGAGUUCCUUUUUGGCAAAUAAGGUAAAAAACUGUGACAAUGUAGCUUCCUGGUGGAAAUCCGUCAAACAACUUGGAGGACUUCCUAAGAAAUUACCAUUAUCCAGUGUUUUUGUAUCGGGCAAAGAAUUCCAUUCAACCGAAGUAGCAACAAAAAUUAACGAAAGCUUCCUGUGUAUCACAAACUCUCUACCACCUCCAAACAGCCAAUUGGAAAACGUUGAAACUGAUCGUGCAGUAGUUAACGAAAUUAUUUCAAAAUACCACAUCUCUCCUGAAGAUGUUUUUACGAAGCUCUCCAACCUCAAACGCACUAAAGCCUCGGGUCCUGACAACUUACCAAGUUGGGUCUUAAACGAGUUUGCCAUGGAAAUCUCAUCACCCGUUGCUGAAAUUUUUAAUGCGUCAAUCCAAGAGAGAGUCGUACCCGUUUCAUGGAAAGUAGCAGAUGUAAUACCUAUUCGUAAAACAGAUAAGGUUAAGGAAAUUGAAAAUGAUCUACGCCCAAUAUCUCUAACACCAAUUAUCUCAAAAACCUUGGAACAUUUUGUCGCAGAGUGGAUUAUGUGACAGAUCAGACACCUCGUUGACAGGAAACAAUUCGGAUCACUCGCCGGCUUAUCUACAACUCACGCUCUUCUAUCCUUUUUUCCUCAUGUGCGUGUGCUGCUUCUGGAUUUUGGUAAAGCCUUCUACAAGAUUGAUCACCAUAUUCUUAUCAAGAAGAUGGAGGAAAUGGCCAUCGAUCCCGUUCUUAUGGCAUGGCUAAAACAGUUUCUUACUGGCAGGAAAUAAUCAAAAUAUGUCUUGGUCGGACCAGAUUGAUGCCCUUAGCAAAAAAGUCAGCCAACGACUUGGAGUUCUGCGUCGUGUUAAGUAUUUGCUGCCUCUACAUGGUCGUUUGGCGAUAUAUAACAGUCUCAUUUUACCGUUAUUUGAUUAUGCAGAUAUUGUGUGGGGGGACAAGAACAAUAAAGUCCUAAUGCAUAAUCUCCAGGUUUUGCAAAAUAACGCAGCAAGAACUAUACUGGAUUAUCCCAAAUACUUUUCCGGUACCGAAGCCCUCGCACAGCUAAACUGGAUGCCUCUAUCAGAACGUCGACGCCAACAUCGUUGUAUUGGUAUUUAUAAAUGUAUAAAUAAGUAUAUAAAAUAUCAAUUCAACCUAGUUCAAAACGUUGAAAUUCACUCCCACAACACACGCCGCCGUCAGGAUUUACAUCUUCCACGCUCGCGUACUAACUGGGGAAAACAACGUUAUAUAUAUCAAGCAGUCGUUGAUUGGAAUAACCUUAAUUUAGACCAAAGACAAUCGAACAAUUUGACUUCUUUUAAGAACUCUAUAUAAUAACUCUAUAUUAAUUUAGACUAAAGACAAUCGAACAAUUUGACUUCUUUUAAGAACUCUAUAUACGAUUUUAGCUGAUAUAAUUUUAAACAUACUUCUUUAUAUAUGCUAUUAUAAUGUAGUUUUAUUUGUAUUUUAAUUGAUAUCGUAGGACCUGCCUGAAAAUCACCUUGUUGUGAGUGUAGCUUUUUACUGAAAUACUGUUAUAAUAAUAAAAUAAUAAAGGAAACAGCGAGUGAAGAUAGGUAAAUACACCUCAAGUUUCGAACCAGUGAGCGGUGGGGUUCCACAAGGCACUGUCUUAGGUCCGAUUCUAUUUAUGAUUAUGAUAAACGAUUUGUUGGUUGAUUGGGGGGAUAGAUGGAAAUAUGUUGACGAUUCGUCUGUUUCAGAAACCCUUUCUAGAAACCAAGAUUCGAACUUUCAAACUAUUUUAGAAGGAAUUACGCAGUGGUGUGCAAGAAAUAACAUGUCCUUAAACCCCCGUAAGUGCAAAGAAAUUCUCGUUUGUUUUUGGAAAAACAAUCCAAAUUUCCCUCCAAUGAUCGUUAACGAACAGCCCAUUGAAGUGGUGAAAUCCGCUAAACUCCUUGGCUUAAUUUUCAAGGACGACCUAAAGUGGAAUGACCACGUGGCUUACAUAGUGAAAAAAUCCGCAAAACGCCUUUACAUGCUUAGACUCUUCAAGCGAGCUCGUUGUCACACUAAAACAUUGAUAUCAGUGUAUUUUUCAUCUGUAAGACCCAUCUUGGAGUAUUGCGCCCAAGUUUGGCAUUAUAACAUACCUGAAUACCUAUCCAAAGAAAUAGAAAGGAUCCAGUCAAGAGCAUUGAAAAUAAUUAACCCAUCGUCAUCAUACAAAGAGUCCUUAUCAGAUCUCAAUAUCCCAACAUUGUAUUCUAGGCGCGAACUGUUAUGUUCAAAAUUUUUGAGGAAAAAGGUUCUUCCGCAAACUAGUCCUCUUUCCGAACUAGUUGAACCAGCCAAACACGCAAGCUACAAUCUACCCAUAUCGAAUAAACUCGUUCCAAUUAAUUGUCGGACAAAUCGCUUCAAAAAUUCGUACAUUCCCUCGUCUGUAGCGAUUUAUAAUAAACAUUGACUAACUAUAAAUUACAUGCAUUUUUAUUUGUCAAUAAUGGUAAUAUCAUACUAGAAGUUCUAAACUCUUCCUAUAUUAUAGUAAAUAUGUUUUUGUAAAUAUACAAUAUUUUUCUAAUCAACCAACCCUGUAAAUGAUAGAUGUAUUUCAACCUUCAUGGUUGCAAAGUCUAUAUUUUAUUAAUAAAUUCAAUUCAAAUAAAAAAAAGGAUUUUGUCUAGACUUGUUGAGAUCAAAAUUUUGAUUAAUUGGGGAAUGGUUCAUUUAGCGUACAAAAGUACUAUGACCUAUGUACACUGAAUGCACUUUUGUUUAUUUACAAUAUUUCCUGUGCAAGCAUUCUAAUUUUGAUAAUCCCUAAAAAUAUUUCAUGAGUUUCCUUUCAUCAAUCACUCUCGGCAUGGCAUUAUAAAACACUGUUUGUGGACGAAGUUUCAGAGUAAAAUCUUUAAAAUGUCAAAGAUUAAAUUUUUUAAGAUGAUUAUAAUCGACCAUAGCACGCAGGCAAAUCGGAAGUACAUGUUAUCUAGCCCAAAACUAUAAGAAGAAUGUUCCCUGCGGAACUAAAAACGUACACCAGAUAUCGAUUCUACAAUUCAAACUACCCCGUGCUUUCUACAAGUUGCCGACUGAAGGCAAAUUUAGUAUGCCCAAACACGUGUGCAGUAAAAACUGAAAAAUAAAAUAAUUUUUAAAAAUAUUUCUGCUUUCUCCAUAAAAACGGAAUUUUCUAUAUAAAAGCGCUUAAAUAUAAGAUUCAUUUUCGUAUUGCAUAUAUUAGAGAAAUUUUAUAACUUUUCGAGAUAUAGAAGAUUUUUUCAAAAUAAAAUCAGGUAAAUAUAAGGAAACGUUUUGGACCAAACGUUCGAUAUUUUUGUUUCUGUAAUUUUUUGACGGCAAUCAAACAUGAUGUUGUGAGGAUUAUUUCUAGGGGGAAUUAAAUACUUGCCGAGUAGAUCACAUUUCAGAUAUUGAAGUAUAGUUGUUGCGCGCCUUUCUGAGCCGUCGAGAAUGAGAAGAUUCUCUUUUCAAAUUACGUAACAUUCUUUAAAGGCUUUUCCUGUAAAAUUUCUAAUAAGGAGAACAUUUUAUUCCUAACACAGGGAUGGUAUGAUUGGUAAAGUCAGAAAUCUUGAGGAAAUUGAUGACUUGGCGCCCCUUGAGGACUUUGGGACUGACGGCAAAUCUACCAUUCCAAUGUUCGGAAGCGUUAUAUCAGUUAGAGGCGUUCUAAAGAAUAGGCCCAGAAUUAUUGAGAAUCUUGGAACAUUAUUGAUUAGAGAUGAGCCACAGGGAGCAGCAAGUUGUUCUAUAGUGCUAAAGAUUGAUAUUCGAAGCGAUGAAGAAAAUAGAAAAUUGCGACCUCAUACUAUUAAAAUGAUUUUUGAGAAUAUGAGAACCGGCACUGAAAUAGGCAUAAAAGGUCGUGUUGACGUAUUAGAAGAAAAUGACCUUGAGAAAACUAAUGCUCGAUGUGAGAUGUUAAGAUUCAAGGUGGUGAUGGAUUCUGAUCAGCAUUCCAUUGUUUAUGUCGAAAGAAAGACUCCAGCAUUUAAACGACAACUCUCGCAACCUCAAUGGCUGCAAAACUUUAAACUUGGCGAUCUCGUUGAAAAAUCAGUAGAUAGGGUAUUCUUAGACUCAACGGAUAUUAAUGAAAUCAUGAAAUACGUAGUUGCCUUCAAGAACAGUUUCCAUGGUAAUGUACUUGUAGGCGUUAAAAGGAACAGUGAAAACAACGUAGGGGAAAUAACAGGUUUGGGUUUGGAUGAAAAUGAAAUGGCGAAUUGGAGAGAAAAGCUAUCCAUAGCUAUAGGAAAUAUUUUGCCUUCACGUAAUGAAAGUGCGGCAAUUUGUUCAACUGAAGAAGAAGCGUUAGAACUCUAUGAGCAUAAAUCAUUUAUAUUAGUGAUGGAACUUUUGGAAACUAAGAAAAAAUUGGUUUGGAUUCAUGUUCCGAAAGGGGAUGCUCGACUUUAUGUCAUCAAACCCUCUGAUGUACAUGCGUAUGUACGCAUGGGAGCAGAAACUAAACGCAUAACUGAUUUUAACGAACUUUUUUGUCGUCUGGACUCGUUGGGUAGCCGGAGAGUAAUACCAAUUUCAGACGACGAAAUAGAUGUUAACAAGCAAUACAAAGAGCUCAAAGAACAAAAUGAUGGUUUACAGAAAAGGUAUCAGGUUCUGAAAACACUGGACCAGGACAAAAAAGAACUAAGCUACGAGAACCAAGAGCAAGAGUUUAAGAUGAUUUUUGGAGAUGACCCCCUAAAAACUAUAAAGGAAAAAUAUCUUACUCAUUAUUCAUGUGGUUUUUUAAACUCCGUAGGAGGAAGUAUUCUUUUUGGCGUGCAAGAAGACGAAAAAUCAAAAAUUGGCCAUAUUGUUGGCAUAGUAAUGUCGAUGGAAGAAAGGGAAGCGCUAGUUAAAACAGCGGUGAAAACGUUAAAUAAUUUUUUCCCUCCAGUUAACACCAGUCAAUAUAGUCUUGUAUUUCACGAUGUUGCAGUACCAAGCGAGUACAUUACAAAGUACAAUGAUAACAGUUCGAUGUGCGUAAUGAUUCGCGGACCUGCAGAUGAAGUUGGCAAUAAAUGGCCAAAGUUUGCAAAAGACAAUUUUCCUAAUUGUUUGUGUCGAGUUGUACGAGUUCAACCACAAUUAUUCUGUAUUGUUGUGAAAAGUUCGGAAGAUAUUUCAUAUGACCUAGGAGAAAUUGUUGAGCAGUUUGUAAAAGAGAACAAAAAAAAGAAAAUUUCAUUGGAAUCCAUGUCUGAAAAUGACUUGGAACGUCUUUUGAAAGAACUUUGUAUCAUCGAAUUCAGCGUGAAGCGUUCACAGUAUCCUAUUCACAUGGUCCGGCCAAUCGAUACUCAUGUUCUCGACAGAGAAGGAAAUUUGUUAGCGUUUAGUCACGAAAUAAUGAUGCAUAGGUUUCAAUUGGGAUUUGACACAGCUAUCCACUUUGACGUAAAGAAAUUCCUCAAUCAUGUUGACAAUUUCAAACACAGUGGAAAUGCUUACAUCCUUAUUGCUUCUCCAUUUAUGUUUUCCACGACAGAAAACGAUGUUUACGGUCUCGUUAUUCCAAAGUGGGCCCUGGCAAUUGAUUUCGAUCAGUAUCCAAAACACGACGGCCACCUAUGUCAACUUUUCAACGAAUUUAAUGACCUGCAUCAAAUGGAAAGAAACCAUUGUAUUAGAACUCCCCAGGAUUCCAAGCUCGAUUUAAACCCGGACAGAGGUAUUUCUUGGCUUGCAGCUCGGGGUUACGAUGAGAUAGAAACGUCUAUGUCUACACAAGAUCAUGGAAGCUGGAAUAUGACACAUCGUGACCAACUGCGAUCACUCCUGAAGACGGAUUUGGCAAGUAGCAUUAAACCAAACUACCUCAACAUUGUUGUAUUAUGGGAUGAAGGGCAUGACGAAAUUGUAGAUUCAUUGCGCGUUAUUCUGGAGGACAUUUUGAGCAUAAAUGGUAAACGUACAGCCGUAACGAUUGUAUGCUGCACAUCAGAAGCUCGGAGAUGCAUUACGGAAAAUUUAGUAAAACCAUUAGAGAAGAGUUAUGGUGAAAUUAUUAUAGAAGAACGUGUGUAUGUGGCACCGCCUCACGUGCUUGCUAGAUACUUAUCUUCAAAACUGCCAGAUCCAUACAAACCAGAAAACGAGUUUCAAGUUCCUCACAAAAGAGAAUACCGCGGGAAACCUCAGGUAUGUCCACGUAUUCUACCUAAACAUUUACGUCAAAAUAUCAAUGGUUAUCUGAAAAUGAUGUACAUACGCCAACAAAAAAAACAUGAGUCGAUGGCUGAAGAACGAAAAAAAUUCUAUUCCGGUUCGAAAAUUACCUUUUCAGGUUUACCAGAGAAUUUUGGAAUUCAGAGAACCAAAAUGGAAGAACUAGAAAACAAUUUUAAAAUUUUGCUUAAUGACCGAAAGUCACAUGUCUCAAUGAUUUCUAUCAAGGUUGAACGCGGAGCUGGAUCAACAACCAUGUGCUUACAGUUUUUGUUUAAACAUCACGAAGAAUAUCCAUGCGCUCAAUUGAUUGACAUCGGCGACCGGUUACUAAGCUAUAUUAAAGAUAUUUACAGAGAAACAAAACUCCCGCUCGUACUAUUUGUUGAUGAAGAAAUCGCCCACUCACAGGAAUUUUUCGACUUCACAAAGGAAUUAGUGGAAUACCGACAUGUAAAUGUUAUCCUUCUCUUUAUUGAACCAAAAGAAGCAAGUUCUAAGAAAGAAUCUUCUUCCCAGCGAAAAGCGACGCAGAACACUCGUAUGAAGAGUGCGAGUGAUCAUUCCAUAUAUGGCACAUGUCCAUACAAAGAAGUGACUCUUCGACGAGAGUUAGAAGACAAGGAAAUGGACGAUUUAACAGAAGAUUUGAUAGAUAUUAGAAAGGACAAAGAGAGUAGGCUUCGACGAUUGAGAGAAAGAACCAAGACUAAUGAUAAUUUGCGGACAUUCGUACAUUUUGGACUAACCGCGUUUGGCGAGGAUUUUUUAGGAUUGCAUGAUUACGUACAAUAUAGGUUGGAAAAAGCUAACGAAGAGCAAGAAACAGUGCUGGCAUAUCUUUCACUUAUUCAUAUUUUUACAAAUUCUUUGCUCCCAGCGAACGCACUCGCUGAUUUUCUCAAAAAGAAGAAAGUUAACUUGGAAGUAGAGUUUUUUGAUCCAGAUCUUAAUGAACUUCUAAGUCCACCAGGAGAUGAAAUGGAUUCUCGCAGAAUAUCAUUCCUUGAAAUAGCUCAAGAGAUUCUGAAGCAAUUGGGAUCUGACGGCCUUAGUCAGAACGAUGGUGGUACUUACAAUUGGCUGUUUAUAAAAUCAAAAUCGGUGGAAAUGGCAAAAAACGUUCUGAGUAUUAGCGCAAGUACGAAGUCGAUUGACCGACUUACAAGACGGCUAUUUGUAACAAGCGAAUACGAAAGUGAGAAAUUCUCUUCACUUAUUAGAGCAAUGACCAUUGAAAAGCGUAGACAUAUUGCGCGAGAUACAUUGCUUGAGCUUGUCCACAUUUUUCCUGAGCACACUUCCUUUGGUGCCCAUCUUCUUGCUCACUUGGCCAAGUAUUACAUGAUUGUACUUGGAAACUUUGAAAAAGCCAUUCCGGAAAUUGAAAAAGCUGUAAAAAGCCAAAAAGAUGAUUCACUUCUGCGACAUAUUCAUGGCGAUAUUAUCAGAAUUCAUGUACAAGCUCUUAAAAACAAACAACAAAUUGACAUGCUGAUGAUAGUGAAAUAUGCAAUCCAAAGCAGCGACUGUUUUGCAUUUGUUCGCCGUAAGCGACCGUAUGUUAGUCACGGGUUUAUAUCUGAUUCAAUGGUACGGAUUACGGUUAUGCAAGCAGCAAUCAAAGAAAUGGGUGGUGAGAAACAAACAAGCUUUAUUGAUUAUCUAAUCCAAAUGAUAGACGAAAUGAAGGAAAGUUCAAAUUACCAGCUGUUGGAAAACAAACGUUAUCUUCUUUCGUUAAUUCCAGAUGUGCAUCAGUUUUUAAACGAAGGUGUUAUCGAUCCUGACCACAAAGAAAAAUGGAAAGACGAAUUUCGUAAAUGUAUCGGCAAACCUGAAAAUCUCAGACGAUUGUGUGAUAAAAUUCAAGAACAGAAACAUUUUUUUGAAAAAGAUGAUUCAAUUUUACUGCACCAGGUUGCUUUGCAAAUUCUUAUAUUGAACAAUAGUCUCGAAAUGGAAUUUAAACCAUUAAACCCAGUGCAGAUUGAACGUUUGGUGAAAGAGGUCUACGAUCCUGAUUCCAGUAGGACAAUAACAGAUCAACAAAUGAAGUUUUGGUUGCGAUACUCUCGUCGCCAGAAGAAGGUGCCGAAUUUGGAAGAAAUUAGAAAACAAGUGAAAAAUUGGGUGGAUAUGAAAAAGGGCGGUAUAUCACCAGAUGCAGAGUUCUACAAGUAAGUUUUAUUUCAUUUUUAAUAAAUGGUAUUGUCACAUAUUGGUGCCUUUAUCAGGGCGAUAACAGGGUGAAGUAAAAACGAUAUCGUCACUGAUACCUUUUUUGUCAUUCAUAUCUUUUUUUGUCGCGCUAUAUUUGUCGCUGUCAAAAGAACCAUGGCUGACCCAAGGAGUCAAGGUUAACUUCGUGUUUUUGUCGAUGUUGACUGCUUCUAUUACCGAGGGGGAAAAUGAUAAUACAAAGCGAAAAAUAGAAAGCAACCUAACGCUAUACAAAGAUAAGUUAUUCUUUGUAUGUUUUUGUUAAGUUCUAUCUGUUAAAGAAUCACAGUCAACCGUAAUGCUUCGCGUGCUAUGUAAAUGUUUACAUAUACGGGGAGUUAAAAAUAGUAUUGUCUUCGAAAAUAGUCAUACACUAAAAAUGAUAUCCAUUAGCUUUAUUAUAAACAAAAAAUUUAUUACAUUUACCUGCUGGUGUUUUGAUGAAAUCGUGAUUCCUAGCCGCCCCAUCGCUAUGCGAAAGCCCCCGUAUUCUCAGGCUUUCUUUCCUUUCCGUGCAAAGAACGUACGUUGAAAUUGUCAACGAUAUAUUCUUUUCGAUGUUCUUCCACGAACGGGAAAUACAGAAGCCAUGAUUAGCCAUCUAUAGCUUAUAAAAUGACAAAAAUUUCUAAAAUCAUUGGUUAAGAUAAAAACACACGCCAAAAUCUCAAUAAAUGAUCUAUUAACGUAUUCCAACUAUGAAAAAUAUGACGUCGUCUAAGAAUAAUGCAGAUUGAUAAGGAUACGCUUCGGAUGUCAAUAUUUCGUCACUAAAGUGGCCAAUAAAAUGGCGGAAUACAAAACAAUCAAAACAUUUUAGCGGGCAAAGCAUCACGGUUUACUGUGAUUCUCUAAGUUUUUUUUUAAAUAUUUAUUGUGGCAUUGGGGCAAUAAUUAUUUUUAAAAUAACUUCUGACCCUGAUAAACCAAAAUAACGAUAAAACCAAAAUAACGACCGAAAAUAUUUGUUCAUGAUUUAGUUAUGUUAUCAACAUCAUGAUUGCUAUGAAGGAUCCAAAAGAUGCACAAAAAAGAGAAAAUGCACAGAAGAUUAUUAGAAGGCAGCAGGGAAUGAAGAAACACAAGAGAAAAGAGGAUUCUGUACUUCCUAUCGAAUGGCUUUGUGCUAAAGAACAUCACAUUAACUCAAUCGACAGCCUACUACACCACGACGAUUUAGUGAAAGAAACAAAUAAAAAAGAUGGCUAUAAAAAACUGCGCGAUAAGCAACCUGGACGUGAUGUCAUUGAAGGAUUUUUAUUUGCUAAAGAUAUUAUAAAAUGGGAAGGUACAGUGAAAGAAAUACAAAGGGAUUGGCAAGGAACAAUUGUAUUCAAAGGCCACUUCGAAGUUCGAUUUGUUCCUCAAAACGUUCAGCCGUCUAUGCCAUCCACUGGAGACACAGUAAGAUUUUGCUUGUCAUUCGACAGACUUGGUCUCAUGGCCUGGGCAGUCGUUCGUGCACCUCAAAAUAAUGUACCCAAGAGCGUUUUGGAAGCAGUAAGUAGCGAAGAAGAGUCUUGUACUGAAAGCGACGAUGAAAAUGAUGACGACGAAGAGCUCUUCAUAGAUACAACAUUAUUUAAUCAGGCAGGUCGUAUUGAGCCAACAGAAAAGGUUUGGGAGGACUACCAUGGACAAACGAUGCAAGGUCUGGUCAUUUCAAUAAAUGUCGAAAAGGGUUAUGGAACAUUGGAGCAUCCAAAUGUACCAGGGAAUCUUUUCUUCCAUGCAUCACAACUCGUCAAGCCGGUCAAAUCUCUGAAAGGAGAGAUAUGGAAAUAUAUGGUCUUAGAAUUUAAAGUCGAGAAGUUGACAGAACGGACUCGAGCCGCAGAUAUCCAUGUUUUAACGGUAAGAAUAUUAAUACAUUAAACUAAACAGUAAAGGGCCCAAAUCCAGUU